AUGGGCAGUAACCUCCCCUUCCUUGGCUCUGCAGAAGUCUCCGACCCCACCAGCAUCAAGGCAGCUGCAGCCAGAGUGGAGGAGCUCCUGGGGGGCUCAGGGCUGAACAUCCUCAUCAACAAUGCUGGAAUUGCAAAGCCAAUUUCACUUGAUAAGGAGACACUGGAGACUAUGACCCAGAUUUACACCACCAACACGGCUGGACCCCUGUUGUUGGGACAGGCGUUCCUGCCCUUGCUGAAGAAGGCUGCCCAGGGGAGCCCGGGCUCAGGGCUGAGCUGCAGCAAGGCAGCCAUUGUCAACAUGUCCAGCUCUGCAGGCUCUAUUGAGGAUGUCUUUAUAUGGGAAUUUGGACAAGUUGUCUCAUACCGCUGCAGCAAGGCUGCUCUGAACAUGCUGACCAAGUGCCAGUCCCUGGCAUACAAGGAGCAUGGCAUCCUCUGUGUCACUCUCCACCCUGGCUGGGUGCAAACUGAAAUGGGGGGGAGCUCAGAAUCAUUUAAGCCCCCCCUGACAGUUGAUGCCAGCGUGCAAGGGAUGUUGAAGGUGCUUUCCUCCCUCUCUGAGAAGGAGACUGGCACCUUCCUGGACUGGGAAGGGAAGAUCUUGCCAUGGUGAGAUGCUGGUUCAGGAUUCUCACUGUGGGGACCUUUGCUGCCACACAAUGUUGUGCCUGUGCCUUAAUAAAUUAGUGUCUGUAAACAA